CACAGCAUCCUGUCAUCCAGAGGUUACAGCUUCUCGGGUUCACGCUCGCAAAGAUGUGAUUAUUUCACUUGGGCACAGAGCAGAAGCAGUUUGGUGGAUUUCUCGGCUCCAGGCUCCAGCAGCUCUCAGCAGGAUCUCCUCCGCGUCGCUUCCCCUCCCUCUUCCCCGGAGAUGCUGCCCUGCCUGCGGAGACUCCUACGGCCCGCCCUCUCCCUGAGAGCCGGCGCCGGACUCACCAGAGCCGGGCUCGACAGCGGCCACGCUCCCGCCGCCUCGUCCCCGCUCUCCUCGCUGCUGCAGCGGCGCAGCCUGGGCACGCACCCGGAGUCCACGGAGCCGCUCGACUCGCCCCAGGGCGCCAAGGAGUUCAUCUACAGCCUGCACCCCACCGAGCGCACCUGUCUGCUGCGAGAGCUGCACAGGUUCGAGUCCAUAGCCAUAGCUCAAGGGCAGCUGGUAAUCGCGCCACCUACUUCAGCACAGUUACGAUAUGUUCUGCUGCACAACGCACUCCCUUUUGUUGGAUUUGGAUUCCUGGACAACUGCAUCAUGAUCGUUGCUGGCACUCAUAUUGAGUUAUCCAUCGGAGUUGUCCUCGGCAUUUCAACUAUGGCAGCUGCUGCCCUUGGCAACCUGGUGUCUGAUCUGGCAGGUCUAGGACUGGCAGGUUACGUGGAGGCCUUAGCGUCUCGGCUGGGGAUGCAGAUUCCUGACCUGAACCCGAAGCAGGUGGACAUGUGGCAGACCAGAGUCAGCUCCCAUUCGGGUAAAGCCCUUGGCGUUGGCAUCGGCUGCAUCCUGGGCAUGUUCCCUCUUCUGUUUCUGGACUUCGACAAGAAAAAAGAGGGCCAGAAGGAGGGGACGGAGAAAUCGGAGUCGCCACCUGCUCCGACUGAGAUCGACAAAAACUGAAACUGGCAACUUGCUGAGGAUAUAUAUUAUUUGGAAUCCGUUAGAAUACUUAAACCCGGGACUGUUGGCCUCGCCUGGUGGACCGGGGUGUGUGAACUCCUCACACAGCCUGAUGAUGUUUGUUUCUCUGCGAGGCUGAUUCAAACAAUGGAAGGUGUUCUGGAAAGGGUUUUAAAUAUUAUUUGAUUGUACAUUUUUAACUUAAGCACAGAGACCUGACCGUCUCUUGAAGAGACACGAGACUGUUUAUUCAUUGGACUGCUGCUACGUCAACUACUGCACCAUAACCUCACCUCGUUUUUGACUGACCUGACACACACACACACUCUGCAGUGGGCUCUUUCUCUCCCCUGUCAAAUGGAGCAAGUAUAAAACGUGAUGGUGAGAUGGCAAGUAGGUUAAAGGAAAGUUAGGGCCCAUUGCAGUAUCACAGUAAAGAUUGGAAACUACGCUAUCGGGGAUAAUUCUGUAAAAAACACACUCUUAGCAGAGCACAAUUAUGCACACUCAUAAAUAUCAUAAAUAAAAAUCCAUAAAUUAUUCUCUGAGAAAUCAACAAAAAUCUUGAAGAAAACAAAAUAUCACACAAUGCCGAAGAAAGGAAAGUGAGAAAAUAAUCCUGGAUCCGCUCCCUUGGCUUGGAUCGGCAUGAACAUUUAAUUGGUUCCUCCUCUGGGUCAUGACCCACCUCUCAACACAAUCAGUUGCGUAGUUUUGUGUAAUCCUACUACCAAACAAAGAUUAGAAAGAACACCUCCUCUGCAAAGAUGAUUAGAUCGUCACAUGGAUUUUUUACGUUGAAGGCUCCGCGUCUAUCGUCAGUCACUAAUAAACAGAGACUGAAAAGAUUCACACCAUCACAUGGUGCAUUUCAGCCUGAUUCAGAAGCGUUAAGGAUAUUUAAAGACAUCUCCUGUGUUUCCUAAUCAGUCUUUGAAGGUGUUGAGUCAUACAAAGAGAGAAAUCUAAUUUGCAUACUAUAUAUAUAUAUAUAUAAACACUGUAUACAAUAUCGAGUAGAGUACAAGUACUGUACCUUUCCAGUUUUACAAAUAUAUCUCAGUCUUAAAAAGUCUUGCCAGUCUGCCUCAUCCACGCUCCAGAUAGUUUUUUUGUUACUUGUAGGUGAUUCACUUUGUAAUAAAUACUCCCCCUCAAUCAUUCUAAUAUUUACCGUGUGCAUCCAGGUGAUCGCAGUGCUGCUGAAUCCUUUAAAGAGCAGUCUGUUACUUUCUGCAGAAGAGUGGGGCAGGAUGAAGGGAGAGAGGGAGAGAGGAAGGGCAGCAGCGACAGAAAGAUAUAAUAAAUCCCAUCACUGAACCACCUGAGACCUCUGUCCCAUUCAAUCUGACCCUCUGGCCUCCACAUCACGUGAUUGAUCUCCUCCUGCUCUGCACCAGUCGACAUUUAACCGAGCUACAGCGAAGCCUCUGAUCCAGCUCGUGUUACACUAUGAGUGUUGCCCCGUUUGAUUCUGUUAGAAAUCUGCUGCUGCUGCUUCCAACACUAACGCACAACUACAUAUUCUCCCUCUGUACCUUGAUGAGCAGUUUCUCUGCUCUGCUGCCCUCCACUGGCUGAGAUUUGAAAGAGGUUUGUGUUGUAUUUCAAACACAUACAGGUGUCAUUCAUCACCUGUUUAUCUCCCCUGCUUAGCAUUCUGUAACUGUAAUCUGCAGCAUCUGCUCGCCUAGAAACACUGCAGUAGGAGGGACGUACUUAAUAUGAUGAACUACUUCAAUCAAUCCAGGUCUUGAUUCGGCUCUUAGUGAUUUUAUAACUUAUCUUAUUAACUGAAAACUGUUGUGUUCACCUUUAGACUGUUUAGAAGUUGAAACGAAGCAGCCACGUGUCCCAAAAAACAUAUUUAAUUUUCUUCUGAUAUUCAUAUGUGGUGCCACUGUAUAUUCUAUUUAUUUAUCUCCGGGGACAAUGCUAAGAAAAUAAUAUAUUUGUCAUUAUAUUUCCAGCAGCAUCAUCCAACAGCAACGAGAAGGACCCACCAUCUGAUUGCUGUGUGUGACAGUGCAUUACUAAACCUGCUCUAAAAUCACUGACACACUCCCAGAGGAGACUUUGCCCUGUAUGUUUUAGUUAUUUAUUUAUGUGCAGAACAGUGAUAAAAAUGAAACAAAUAAUUGAAGAUUUAUGUAGUUAGGAUUUUCUUUGAUCUCAUUGCUUGCUUUCCUUGCAUGCACUGCUAAUAAAAAAAGCAAUUCUACAA